AUGGAGCUAAUAAGUUUAACUGAAGAAGUUGUAAUUGUGGACAUCUACUCUCAUUCAAAGAAUGUCUAUUUAAUAACUUGCCAAAUAUAUUUAAUCAAUUCAGCAGGAAAAGAAACAAGUUGUGGCAAAAUAGAUGCAAGAACUCAUAUGGAUAGUAAGCCUUCUUUCAGAUUUCCACUAAAUAUCAGGAAGAAGAAUUUGUUAGAUGACAAACUUGAAUAUUUGCCCAAUGAUAGUUUGACGCUAAGAUGCGAGUGUACGGUAUCAACUGGGAUAGAAUUCCAAAGAAUCGAAGAAACUUUUUACGAUCUUCAUUUAAUUCCAUUUUUCAAAAGAACAUUGCACGAUUCAACUGUUGCACCAACUCCAGCAAAACUGAAAGGUGUCGUUGAUGACUUGAGGUCUCUAUACAAGGAUCAGAUUGCCGGUGACGUUCAACUCAAGGCUGCAAGCAAGACGUUCUCUGCUCACAAAAGUGUGUUAUGUGCUAGAUCACCUGUCUUCAGAAGCAUGCUGACAACUAACAUGAAAGAAAAAAUAAUGGAACGUAUCCAAAUUGAUGAUUUGGAUGAUGAUACGAUUGAUCAGUUCUUGCUUUUCCUUUAUACUGAUGAUUUGGAAGAUCUUCAAUGGGAAAGUGCCAUGAAGCUGUACUAUGCUGCUGAUAAAUAUCAGGUCCAAUUGCUCAAAUACUUGUGUUCUUCUUUCUUGGUAGCCAGGCUCGACAUUUCCAAUGUCACUGACCUUCUGUGUCUAGCAGACAGACAUCAGGAUUCAAGUCUAAAGACAGACGUCGAAAAUUUUAUUUCUACGAAUAGCAAGAAACUAUUUUGCACCGAUGAAUGGGAAAGAUUCAUGGAGACAAAUCCUAAAUUAGCUAUGAAGACGAUGCACUUUUACUUGAAAAGUAGCAGUGGAUAA